AGACAGGAUUAAAAGGGUUCGAUCUUUAGCUUAGGGACUCUCUCUCCUCCCUGUCUUCUCUCUCCUCUCUCUUCCCGGGACAACAAAAAAGAACCCUAAAGAGAUCUGUUCACACAACUCUAGAUGGAUGAUGAUGGGUUAAACCUGAGGAAUUGGGGUUACUAUGAACCUUCAAAUAAGGGGCAUCUCGGUCUCCAGCUUAUGUCAUCUCCAAUUGACCUUGACACAAAACCCUUCCUUCCCGGCAGUGAUAAUAAUCCCAAUAUGAUAGUUAGUAAUGGGCUUUAUCAUCCAAGGGACUCGAUUGUCUCUCAUGUUCCCAUAACACACAUAGACUAUAUUCGAGAGGGUUGGAUAAACCAUAGAGACAAAUUCUUAGAUAUGUUCACCGGCCAUCAUUAUAGCGAUCCUUCUGGAACAACUCAGACCUCCGUUGAAUUACUGGAAGCUGAUUCAAUCAAGGAGGAACCUGCUACUGUUGAGGAUCGUGCAUGUGUUUAUGAAGAUAGCUGUUGUUCCAAGAAGAGGCCGGGUGUUGCAUCCUCAGGGCUUAAAGCAAAAAAGUCAAAGAAAGCAAAGAAUGACAAACCCCCAAGUAAACGGGAAAGACCCGCAAUGAAGAGCGUGGAUGUUGUAAUAGGAGGGAUCGAUAUGGACAUAAGUAAAAUCCCUACACCAGUUUGUUCUUGUACUGGAACCCUUCAGCAAUGUUAUCGUUGGGGAUGUGGCGGCUGGCAGUCAGCAUGCUGUACCACGACUAUAUCAAUGUAUCCUUUGCCAAUGAGUGACAAAAGGCGUGGGGCCAGGAUUGCGGGACGGAAGAUGAGUCUAGGUGCAUUUAAAAAGGUCUUAGAGAAACUUGAUUCUGAAGGCUAUAAUUUUACCGACCCUAUUGAUCUUAGGUCUCAUUGGGCUAAGCAUGGUACUAACAAAUUUGUGACAAUCAGGUAAACUUUGUAUUGUUGGGAAUAUUUCUAGAUUGUUGAUGGUCAUUGUCAUUAUUUUGUUGUUGUUGUUGUUGUAUAGAUUUCAUCGACUGCCUUUGUCAAAAAAUGAAUUAUGGCUUUAGUUCAUAUAAGGCCUUCAUACUUGAUUUUCUGCUUUUUAGAUAAAAAGUUUCUGUUUCUUCAAUGGAUAUUGACUUAUUGAGGUUUCUUGGACACAUAUAGUGCUACCC